AUGGCUACAGAACCCUCGCAACCUCAAGCUCUCACGACCCAGGAUAACGGCGAUAGGCACAAUGUUCCCAUUAUCUCAGACCUCGAACUUGGCGACGCAGUCCACACUCCAGUAACUCUAAUAUCAAACCUCUCCAAGAAACAUCUCCCAUCUACCACCAACCCUUCACCACCGUCCGCAUCAUCUUCCGAUAUUACCAAGAACAAACGUUUGGUUAUUGUAGGCGACACGCACGGUCGCCCGACAGCUCUACGAUCUCUUCUGGACAAAAUAUCUUUCGACAACACGACAGAUCAUCUCAUUCUUGCCGGAGAUUUAGUAACAAAAGGCCCGGAUAGCAAGGGCUUGGUGCAAUUUGCUAGGGACAUAGGAGCGAGUGCCGUGAGAGGCAACCAUGACGACAAGGUGCUCGAGGCCGCGAAGUGGUUAGGUCGCAUAAAGCAGGGCAAGAAAGGAUGGGAAAAGACAGAGAACGAGGGCGAUAGUGUGAGAGAAGACGAUGAGGAAAUGUCCGAAGAAGAGGAAGCGAAGGAUAGUGUCGAAAUCUCAGGACGACGACGAAGAAAAAAGCCCAAGGGGGUGAAACCAGAACACAUCGCCGUCGCCCGCUCCCUCACCCUCUCUCAGCUUCACUGGCUUGCCUCUCGUCCCAUCAUCCUCCGAGUCGGCCACCUUUCCGGAGCCAAGACCGCGCCAUGGAACGCCAAAGAAGUUGUCGUCGUCCACGGGGGCCUCAUCCCAUCUCUCCCGCUAGAGAAGCAAGACCCAUGGGCAGUGAUGAACGUGCGAAGUCUGGUUUACAAGCGCUCCACUUCAUCAACCUCUGACGAUAACACCGACAACCAAGACGAGAAGAAGAACAAUGAUGGAAGCAUUGACACCGCCAUCACCCAUAAUCGAAUAACCACCAUUCCUCUCGACACCCGCGAAGGUGAACCCUGGUCCCGCGCUUGGAACCGCUACCAGAAUCUAAUUAGCAGCGAAUCCAAUCGCGUAGUCGUCAUCUACGGCCACGACGCCCGCUCUGGUCUGCAAGUCGACAAACACAUCACCAUUGACCCAGGGAAGAGCCCAAUCCCAAUCAGCGCCCGCCAUAUUAGCGGAACAGGGGAUCAGACUGUCAUCUUUACCGCCGUAGGAGACGUGAAAAUGGAAAUCGAGACUGGAUAUGAGGGUAGUGAUGAUGAUAAUGAUGACGACGACGAUGAUGAUUCGGCGCCGAGCACUAUAUCGAUGACAACGAAUACUAUGGUGACGAAUGCGCCAAUGACGGCGGCGGCAGCAUCACCGGACACGGCAGCAGCAACGGAGACGGGAACAGUGGAAAAGAGAUCACCAGAUGGAGGAAAAGAUUUGGAAGUUGAAAGUACUAGGAAAAAGCCGAAGAAGUUUAAGGGAAUCCGAUAUGCGUACGGUCUCGACUCAGGAUGCGGGCACGGGAGGAAGUUGAGUGCGUUGGUGUUGGGUGUCAACGAGAGCGGGGAUGAUAUUGUUCAUUGGAUUGCACAGGUUAAGUGUGAGUGA